UGCAAUUAAUAAAAAAUGGAAGAAUUAAGUAGAUGUUGCCCAUUUGUCAAUCCAAGACAGGUCAACAUCACUAGAAGAGAGAUUGGUGUGUUACUUAUUCGACAGUCGUUAUAAACACUCUAUCCUUUUUCUCCUCUUUCCUCACUUCCAAAACCUCAUCAAUGGCGGAUUUCCAGUUUCCAUCAAAUUCGAAUCAAUUCAAUUCAAAUUAGCUUCCCAAAAUUCAAUCAAAUUUCUUCAUUCUUACCACAGUAAACCAUCAAAAUCAUCUCUCAUUUUCAUUGAUUGAUGCUUGCAAUCAAAUUAGGGUUUUCAGCAAAGUAAUCAGGAACAUAAAAAAUGGCGGAAGUUUUGGUAUCGUCAUCAUCGUCAACAUUAUCAGAAGUUAGAGAAUUAUGGAAGGAAAACAAAGGAGGAGGUUGGGCUGCGAUUGCUGCAAUCUCUCUCAUCUUUGUAUGGCAAAUUUUCAAGUUUAUUUUUCCAGUUGUUCGAGGUUUGAUUGCUCGAUGUAGACGCAAUUCUUCUCCUCCUCUUUCUCUCUCCUCUGAUGAUGCUUCUCUCUCUUCUUUCCGAAUAUCAGACCUAGUAUCAGAUGGUGAUUUGAAAAGCUUGAUUGACAAUUUGGAUGAGAAAGAUAGUGAGACUGAAAAUGUAAGAUGGGAAAACGUCAUUGCAAAAAGCAGGACUUCUAUGUCCUACCAGGCAAAAUGCUGUAAACCAAAGGAUGGUCCUAUCAAAUACUUGAGUGUGACUAUUUUUGAGAAUUGCACCCCUGCAGCCCUAAGAGACUUCUAUAUGGACUGUGAUUAUAGGACGCAGUGGGACAAAACAGUGGUUGCUCAUGAGCAAUUGCAGAUUGAUGAAGAAAGUGGAACUGAGAUUGGGAGGACCAUUAAGAAGUUUCCUCUUUUGAUGCCUAGAGAAUAUGUUUUGGCAUGGAAGAUUUGGGAAGGCAACAAUAAGAUAUUUUAUUGCUAUUCAAAGGAAUGUGAGCAUCCUUUGGCACCUAUUCAAAAGAAGUAUGUACGUGUUGCAUUUUUCAGAUCUGGGUGGAGAAUACGGCAAGUACCUGGAAGAAAUGCAAGUGAAAUCAGAAUGGUGCAUCAAGAAGAUGCUGGUUUGAAUGUGGAAUUCGCAAAGUUGGCAUUUGCAAAAGGGAUAUGGGGUUAUGUUUGUAAAAUGGAUGAUGCUUUACGCAAGUAUUCUUCAAUCUCUCAUCCGCAGUCAAGUUCAACGACGACUGCUGUUUCUGUCAUUCAGAAGGUUCCCCGUGAACUAGAUGUCAUUAUUAGAGCAGCACCUUCAGAUAUAGCUUCUGGUUCUGGUUCUAGCAAUGGUGUCAGUGGUCAGGAAAAUGGACCUAAUUCUCAAAAGUGCAAGAGGAAGCCUUCAAAGAAAUUGAUAGCUAAUGGCUUGCUUCUUCUUGGAGGCUUAAUCUGUUUAUCCCACGGCAAUCCGGGUCUAGGUGCCAAAGUUGCCAUCGCUUGUGUUUUGAAGAAGUUAAGUAAGCGGGGCUCAUCAUCUGGUCAGAAGCAGCAGGGCUAAUAAAAAAGUUUAUACGUCAUUUCAUCUGUCGUGAAUUCCAGAUAUGCAGCCAUUGGCUCCUCAUUGACUCAUAUCUGUACCUCAUAUUCCAGAGGAAUUGGAAGAAGAUGGCAGAAAGAUAGUGCUCAUUCUAAGCUUGGAAUUGUAUAUAUGUGAGUACAGAUAUUAUAAAAGUGUAUUGAUUGCAAAUCGACUCACAUGUGAUUUAUGUAUAACUGCACUUUCCUUGUGCUUAAUUUAUGAGCAAAAACCACAAAGUCGUAACUGUUGAUUUUAGAUUCGAUGACAUACAGAGUGUCUUCUGUCAUUGUUUUUUUUCAAUAUGUAAGAGAUAUGAUACUCAAGUUGAUAUAUUGUUGUUUUUGUUAAUUGAAAUUGAUGUAAUAUUUCAUAACAAAGCUGGCUCUGAAUAAUUCAGAUAGAAUCAAUUGAAUAGAAUUACACUUCCGAUUUA